CUGAGAAAGGGGGAGAGGGAAAUAAUAACAUCUUGUAAUUUGAAGAAAUAAUAUACUUUAUUCACAGUUAACAUCGAGCAAGCUAAGCUUUUAAUAUUAAAUAGGUUAUUUUAGAAGUACAAUAUCCACUAAGUUUGAGGAAAAGCCUAGUCAUGUGUAUGUGUCCCCCCCCCUCUGAUCUCACGUCUGGUCUAACGGUCCCACGUGUGGAACAGGAGCAACUGCACAGCGCAUGUGGUUUAACUGUACGCCAUGAAUUUAUAACAGAAAAACACCACAAAGUUUGGUUAAUUCCCCAAAAUGUUGUUUAGUAAAGAAGUACCAUGGCGGCGACUGGAGGGCCUGUCGUUUGGCAUGUACUCUGCCGAAGAGAUAAGGAAGCUGAGUGUGAAGACGAUCACUAACUUCCGGUUCCUCGAUGCUGUUGGGAAUGUGGCCCCGAACAGCCUGUACGAUCUGGCCCUGGGACCAGUAGACAGCAAAGAGGUGUGUUCAACUUGCUGUCAGGACUUCAACAACUGUCCAGGACACUUGGGGCAUGUAGAGCUACCGCUACCUGUAUACAACCCGCUCUUCUUUGAUAAACUCUACCUGCUGAUUCGUGGCUCCUGUCUUUCAUGUCACAUGUUAACGUGUACCCGAGCUGCCAUGCACCUGCUGCGGAACCAGAUCAAGUUGGUGGACCAUGGAUACAUGCAGGAGGUCUACCAAAUCGAACAAGUCCUCAGCCAGCUCCUGGAUGAGAACCCCAAAGCCACUGGAGAUGAGAUUGAGGAGGUGCUGAAGCAGUUUACAAACACGGUAGUUGGCGUGAACGCUGAAGGUACAGAGAACACCAAACCGAUUAAACACCUUGUUGAAAAGAAGGGCAGUUUGAUAAAUGACUUCUGGAGGCUCCACAUGAAAUCUAGGAAGUGCCCUUACUGCAGUAGUGGCAGGUUUACAGUGCGCCGUGAAUACAACAGUAAGCUGAUUGUCACAAUGCCAUCAGGAGUGCAGACCAUCGGCAACACUGACGAGGAUCUGAUUGCUGGACAGAGAGUCUACCUGACGGCGAGUACAGCUAGAGAACACAGCAACAAACUGUGGGGGAAAGAAGGUUUCUUCUUGAAGUGUCUGUUCUCUGGGCUGGAGGAGAAUACGCUGUCACAGGAGGGAGAGGAGGGUUUCUAUCCAGACCUCUUCUUCCUAGAGCUGCUGGUGGUCCCACCGUGCAGGUAUCGUCCAAUAAAUCGUCUGGGUGACCAGAUGUUUACAAACGGUCAGACAGUCAACAUGCAGGCAGUCAUGAAGGACUGUGGACUCAUCAGGAAACUUCUGGCUGUCAUAGCAGGGGAGAAAACUGCUCCGGAGGAAGAGCCUCUUGACCAGACGUUUCUGGCGGGGAUUCUCGGGCAGACACUCACAGAUAAACUCUACAACAUCUGGAUCCGAUUGCAGACCCACGUCAACAUCGUUUUUGACAGUGACAUGGACAAAAUGACGACGGAGAAAUUCCCUGGAAUCAGACAGAUCUUGGAGAAGAAGGACGGAUUGUUCCGGAAACACAUGAUGGGGAAACGAGUGGACUACGCUGCACGGUCGGUCAUCUGUCCAGACAUGUACAUCGGGACCAACGAGAUCGGAAUACCGAUGGUGUUUGCCACCAAGCUGACGUACCCGCAGCCCGUCACUCCGUGGAACGUGAAGGAGCUUCGUCAGGCCGUUCUCAACGGACCCAACAUCCACCCCGGCGCCUCCAUGGUAAUUAACGAGGACGGCAGGAGAACCAUCCUCUCACCUACCAGCCUUGUGCAGAGAGAAGCGGUUGCCAAGCAACUGAUGACACCCUGCGACGGUCCACAUAAGAUGCCCAUGAAGAUCGUGAAUCGUCACAUAAAGAACGGAGAUGUGAUGUUACUGAACAGACAGCCAACUCUGCACAGACCCUCCAUACAAGCCCACUGCGCUCGCAUCCUGCCAGGAGAGAAGGUUCUAAGGCUCCACUAUGCCAACUGCAAGGCGUACAAUGCUGACUUUGAUGGAGACGAAAUGAACGCGCACUUCCCUCAAAGUGAGCUGGCCAGAGCAGAGGCCUACACGUUACUCAGCACUGACCAGCAGUACCUCGUCCCCAAGGAUGGUACACCUUUAGCGGGUCUGAUCCAGGACCACAUGGUAUCAGGGACGAGGAUGACGAUACGAGGCUGUUUCUUCACCAGAGUCCAGUACAUUGAGUUGGUGUACAGAGGACUGACUGACAAACCCGGCAGAGUUCAACUGCUGCCGCCGGCCAUACUCAAACCACAGCAGCUGUGGACAGGAAAGCAGGUGGUGUCGACGCUCCUGCUGAAUGAUCCAAAGGAGGCCGUGCCUCUCAACCUGGUUGGUAAAUCAAAAAUCCCCAGCAAAGCAUGGAUCCAAGUGCCACCACGAGCAUCUCCAGGAUACAAACCUGACAGCAUGUGUGACUCACAGGUGGUGUUCCGUCAGGGGGAGCUGUUGGUGGGGGUUCUGGACAAAGCGCACUACGGCUCCUCUUCCUAUGGCCUGGUCCACUGCUGCUAUGAGCUGUACGGAGGAGCGACCAGCGGCAAACUGCUCAGCUGUCUGGCUCGACUCUUCACGGCUUACCUGCAGCUAUACAGAGGCUUCACUCUGGGUGUGGAAGACAUCCUGGUGAAACCGGGCGCCAACAAGCGGAGGAAAAAAAUCAUUGCAGAAUCCCUGAAGAUUGGCACCAAAGCCCUCCAAGCAGCCUUCAACCUGCCCCCCAAUGUGGAUCAAGCUGAGGCGCAGAGCCGCUGGCAGGACGCUCACCUCAACCCGGACCAGAAAGACUUCAGCACGGCCGACCACAAGUUCAAAGAAGUGGCCAACCAAGUGAACAAUGACAUAAACAAGGUGUGCAUGCCAGUGGGACUCCACACGUCUUUCCCAGACAACAACCUCCAACUGAUGGUCCAAUCAGGAGCCAAGGGGUCUACUGUAAACACCAUGCAGAUUUCAUGUCUUCUAGGUCAGAUUGAGUUGGAGGGCCGUAGGCCUCCACUGAUGCCUUCUGGGAAAUCCUUGCCAUGCUUCCAGCCAUAUGACCCGUCACCCGGUGCCGGGGGCUUUGUUUCUGGAAGGUUCCUCACAGGCAUCAAACCACAGGAGUUCUUCUUCCACUGUAUGGCCGGCAGAGAGGGACUGGUCGACACAGCUGUGAAAACAUCUCGAUCAGGAUACCUGCAGAGAUGUGUCAUAAAGCAUCUGGAGGGUUUGGUAGUGCAGUAUGAUCUGACGGUGAGGGACAGCGACGGAUCCGUGGUCCAGUUCCUGUACGGAGAAGACGGACUGGACAUCCCCAAGACUCCGUUCCUGCAGGCCAGACAGUUCCCCUUCAUAGAGGACAACUACGAGGUGAUCAAGAAGUCGCAGUGCCUGGACGAGGUUCUGGCACGUUUGGACCCUCAGACUGCCAGUCGACACUUUGCCUCCAUCCAGCGCUGGAGAGCAAAGCGAGCGGUGGCGUGUCCACGGAGAGGAGGGUUCUUGCUGUUUUCUCAAAAGAAGUUGGCCAAACUGAAAGAGACUGAACCAGCAACAGAGCCAGAUGUCAACGGCAGAAAGGCUUCUAUACUGCAGCUCGUACAGCAGUGGCACUCUCUGGAUGAAUCCAGCAGAUUGAAAUACUGCAGGAAGGCCUCCCGCUGCCCCGAGCCCUCUCUGGACUUGUUGAGACCCGACGUCUGCUUCGGAUCAGUGUCUGAAAACUUUCACAGCAUAACAGAGAAAUACCUGCAGAACGAAGGCAGGCUGCGUCAGGACGGCCUGGAAACACAGAGCCUCCGGCAGCUGCUGCACUAUAAGUGGCAGCGUUCACUGUGUGAUCCGGGUGAAGCAGUGGGUCUGCUGGCAGCUCAGUCCAUAGGCGAGCCCUCCACCCAGAUGACCCUCAACACCUUCCACUUUGCCGGCAGAGGAGAGAUGAACGUCACUUUGGGAAUACCUCGGCUGAGAGAGAUCCUGAUGGUGGCCAGCUCCAACAUUAAAACUCCCAUGAUGAGCGUUCCAGUGCUCAACACCAAGAAAGCCUUGAAGAGGGCCAAGACGCUCCGUAAGCAACUCAGCAGAGUCUGUCUGGCUGAGGUGCUGCAGAAGGUGGAUGUAGUAGAGACAUUGCGGAUCGAAGAUUACCUAAAGCUGCGAGUGUUCAAAAUCACCUUUCACUUCCUGCCUCCUGACCGUUACUGUGACGAUAAGCUGCUAUCACCACAGGAGAUCCUCCACUACAUGGAAACUAGGUUUUUCCGUCUCCUGCUGGAAGCCAUUAAGAAGCGCAGCGCCAAGCUGGCUUCCAUAGCCGUGGAAACAAGGAAGGCCGCUCCCAGAGAUAAGGACAAUGAUGGCGAGGGAACAGCUGAUACGGCAGGGUUAGAUGGCGCAGAGGAAGAGGAGCGACAGAUUGUUGAUGACCAGGGGAACGAAGGAGACGCUGAUGCAACAGACGCCAAGCGAAAAGACAAGCAGCAAGAGGAGGUGGACUAUGAGAGUGAGGAGGAGGACAAAGGUGAGGACGACGACGAUAAAGAAGAUCAGGCAGAGGAAGAGGAGGAGGUGGAGGAGGAGAAUGCAAAGGAUGCGCUGGAGGAAUCCCAGCAAGAGUCUGCAGGAGUGAGAACAGAGAAGAAGAAGAGGAAACGAUCAAAACAAGGCGGAGAAGAAGAGGCCUUGGAUCAGAUGAGGAUUAACUCUGUUCUAGAGUCCAACUCUGUGAUAGAGAGAUACUGCUACGAUCAACACCAUGAACUCUGGUGCGAGGUUGAUCUGGUCUUACCGAUGAGCAAGGUGCACUUUGACCUGACGUCUGUCCUGUCAACACUGGCUCAGAACGCCGUCCUCGUGGAGACCAAAGGCUUGACGCGCUGCCUGCUGAGCGAGAUCACAACAAAGACGGGAGAGAAGGAGACGGUUCUCAACACAGAAGGCAUCAACAUGCACGAACUGUUCAAGCACAGUGAUAUCUUGGACACCAACAGACUGUACUCCAAUGAGGUGCAUGCCAUGGCUAAAACCUACGGGAUUGAAGUGGCUCUGAAAGUCAUAGAGAAGGAGAUCAAAGAUGUCUUUGCUGUCUAUGGUAUCGAGGUGGACCCCAGGCAUCUGUCACUGGUGGCAGAUUACAUGUGUUUUGAAGGUGUAUACAGACCAUUAAACCGGCAUGCCAUCCGGUCCAACUCCUCCCCUCUGCAGCAGAUGACCUUUGAGACCAGCUUCAAAUUCCUCAAACAGGCUACCAUGCUGGGGUCACACGAUCAGCUAGUGUCACCCUCAGCCUGCCUGGUUGUGGGGAAGGUGGUCAAAGGUGGAACAGGACUGUUUGAACUGAAGCAACCUCUGCAGUAGGAGAACAGAUCUUGCAGUCAGACUGGUUGGAUGUGACAAAUAUAGGACACUUUACGUUAGUUCUGCCGACUCAAACUCCUAUAAAACACUUUAGUUCGUUGACAAAAAAAUAGGAAUAACAACUUUUAUAUCAGUUCCUCCUUAAUGGGGUGGAUGUGAAAGUCCUUGUGCCAAGUUUGUGUUUUUUGAUUAAAAUUGUUCCUGGAUUAAUUCAUUUAAGGAUGAAUUCAAUCCAGCCAUUGUGAAACAACUGAAGCUCUCUAUCGGACAUGAAUGAAAUCAAUAAUCAGUCGCAGUAUUCUACUAUAAAAGGAUCUCCACACAUAGUACCAUUACUAGAAGCAUAAAUGAUGGUACACUAGCAACCCUUUUCUCUAUGUAUUUAAUAAUAAAAUGAACAUUUGUA